CUUCCUUGUAGCUCACUCUCGCCUUUUAACCAGAGCUAACAGAUCUGCUCUUGAGAGCCAGGAAAACCGGACGUUCUGCGCCAUGCUCACACACAUAUACGAUGGGGAAAACAUCUGAGCCAUCUGACGUGGAAGGAUUUAUAGGUUUAAGCGAAAUUGCUUUCCCAACAGUGAGAUGAAAUACCUCGGAUGUUUCAGUGUGUAUUUGUGUCUAUAGUAUUUCUGGCGCGAACGGUACCAGGGAUCAUGUCUGACGCACAUACAAAGUUCUCACAGUAGCCUUUAUUUUCUGAAACGAGACUUUUGGACAUCUGGGUCCAGAACGCUGUCAGUGUGGACACUAUGCCCACGGAUAUCCUCCUACUGCUGCUGCUACUUGCCUCGGUGGUUGGCGCAUCUGUGAGGUCGGUUGGUCCAAGGGGGCAUGUGCUUCAGAACUACAGGCAAAUCAGAUUCAAAAGAGAAGUACAGUUGGCAGUAAAAGGACAUGAAAAGGUUGGCAGCCCUAUACUGAGAAGGAUUCCAGAUAUCACCAAAAACACCAUGAGUAAUUCAGAACGGCUCUUAAGCAUAAAUGAUCACGACUUCACAAUGAGGCCUGGCUUUGGAGGACCUGCUGUUCCAGUUGGAGUUGAUGUUCAGGUGGAAAGUCUGGACACGAUCUCAGAAGUUGACAUGGACUUCACCAUGACCCUGUAUAUUAGACACUACUGGAAAGACGAGCGCCUCUCUUUCCACAGCACCACCAAUAAGAGCAUGACCUUUGACGGGCGCCUGGUCAAGAAGAUCUGGGUGCCAGACAUGUUCUUUGUCCACUCCAAGAAGUCUUUCACACACGACACCACCACAGAUAAUGUCAUGCUGAGAGUCUACCCCGAUGGCAAGGUGCUCUACAGCCAAAGGGUGACAGUGACAUCAAUGUGCAGCAUGGACUUGAGUCGCUUCCCUCUGGACACACAGACCUGCUCCCUGGAGAUCGAGAGCUAUGCGUACACGGAUGACGAUCUGAUGCUCUACUGGAAGAAAGGGAACAAUUCCCUGAGCACUGAUGAAAAUAUCUCCCUCUCCCAGUUCCUCAUCCAGGAGUUCCAAACCACCUCAAAACUAGCCUUCUACAGCAGCACAGGCUGGUACAACCGUCUGUAUAUCACCUUCACCCUGCGACGCCACAUCUUCUUCUUCCUGCUCCAGACCUACUUCCCUGCGACUCUGAUGGUCAUGUUGUCCUGGGUGUCCUUCUGGAUCGACCGCCGGGCCGUCCCGGCCAGGGUUCCUCUGGGUAUCACCACGGUGCUCACCAUGUCCACCAUCAUCACUGGAGUCAACGCCUCCAUGCCCAGGGUUUCCUACAUCAAAGCUGUGGACAUUUACCUCUGGGUCAGCUUUGUGUUUGUGUUCCUAUCGGUGAUAGAGUACGCUGCAGUGAACUACCUGUCUACGGUGCAAGAACGGAAGGAAAAAAAGCUACGAGAAAGGCUGCCCUGCACCUGUGGCAUGACCCACCCGGGCAUGAUGGGCAGCUACAGCGAGGAGGACGUCAACAACACGGGGAACUAUGGCUGUAUGCUCGAGGAGAACGGCGCCAUGAAGCAGCAGAGGAUGAUGGUCCAUCUGGACAUUGAGGAGAACAACCAAAUCACAGGACAUGUGGGCUCCAGUGCCUACAGCAGCAUGUGGGUCGACACCCACGCCAUAGACAAGUACUCCCGGGUCAUUUUUCCUGGGUCGUAUACUCUGUUUAACAUCAUCUACUGGUCCUGCUAUCUCUAA